CUUCUGGCUAUUAGACUCUCGCACACUCGAAGCUCGGCACCACUCGUCUGUUCAGUCAUCAACGCUCGUGCCGGCCCCGAAGCUCGAGUCGCUUGCUACGAGGAGCCAAAUUCUGUCACUAUGAAUACUUCCCUUGAAGCUUACUGGCGUUUCAAGCAUCGAAUUUUCCCAGUCAUUUUGUCGAAUAUUUGGCGCCUUUACCUCUUCAUAUUCGAUUGGAAAGUCAAGCCACAGCUUUCCAUUCCAAGUUUUCCCAAACAUUCAAAUGAGAAUCAAUGUGAAGUAUAUUCCGCCGGUCUCUUCUACAGUCAGCAAGUGGUGACGCCACCUCAACCGUCUCUACCGUAUCGAGAAACUGAACUCUCGCGAGCACCGUGUUACCAUACCUCCUGCUUUCUCGACCCGACGAUCCCGACCCUACGAGAAUCAGUCGAACGCCACCAUCUUCUUACACAGAAGGCCGAUGCACACCGUCUGUCCACUAAAAAUCCAAAUAAUUCGACUAAAAGACCCUCAUCGUGGUUCUACAUACCUUCAACCCCCUAUAAAUCUCUUAUUGGUAAUUCGGAAGUCCCGGAUCCAGGUGCAAAUUGGGACGACCAUGAUCGCUCUCGCUCCACGUCAAGAAUGGAUCAGAAUCAUGCUAAAACCCCGUGCAAGAUGCAUACAACCUUUGGAGCUCAGCGUUUGCUAAUGCUUGCCGAUGACAAGACAUGUGUAUUCCUUGCUUCUGCAAGACUAUGGAUUGGAGGCUCAGAAACACCACAAGCACAUGGAGUCAAGGCACCAGCUAAGAUCAUCCUGUAGAUCGCCCAACCCUAUGGCACGUCAACUUAUU